UCCAAGCAAGCGAACCGCACAGAUCUUAUGACAGAGCAUCAGAAAUCCAAGAUUAACAAGAAGGAAGAGGCUAAGAAGGAGAGGGCUCGCGAGGAAGCCGAAAAGCUGAUUGCUAAAAGAGAUGCGGAAGAGGCAGGAGAGGACUAUGAGCGAUCGCAAUUCUGGAACUACUCUGCAGAGAGCGUGGAGAAAUGGAACGAGAAACAGGAGGCAAAAAGAGUCAGGAUGGACAACAAGUUUACAGACUGGGACCAGGUUAAUCAUAAAAAAUACCUCAAGCAAGUGGGAGAACUGAAGCCCAAUCUGGCUGCUUACAAUGCCAAGAAGGAGGCCUCAAUGCAAGUGAAUGACGAGGGCGAGCUGGUUGUGGCGAGCGACUCUGGGUUCUAUCGGGACGCCAAUUCAGUUGCAUUUCUCUCGGACGCCAAACCAAACGUACUGGCAGUGGAUAGACUGGCUGCAGACGUGUCCAAGCAGAUCGAUGCGCGGACAAGGUUCUCGAAGCGCAGGGCCCACAAGGAUGACGAGGAUGUCAAUUACAUCAACGAUGCCAACCAACGCUUCAAUCAAAAGAUCUCCCGCUUCUACGACAAGUACACCAAGGAGAUCCGCGACGACUUUGAGCGCGGCACCGCGCUGUAA